GGCCGGCACCGGGGCUUGUGCGCAGGCGCGAAGUCGGCCGCUCGCCAGAAGCGGGAGGGAGGGGGCGGCGGCGAGAGUGCGAGAGGGGGGAGCGGGCGCGAGCGAGACCCCGGCGCCCGGCGCCUUGGGACCCCUGCGCCGGCUCCGCGCGCCGGGUGGCCGCCCGCGCGCCGCCCCCCGACCCCGGCGCGCGCCGAGCCGCGCCCUUCGCCCUCUCCCCUUCCUCGGCGGGCGGCGGGGAGCGGCCUGAGGGGCGGCGCCUUUUGCGGCCGCCGCGGCAGGGGGAUGUGAGGGGCGGCCCGCGGUCAUGGAGACGGGCCCGGCGCCCCUGGUGGCCCCGCCGCGCCGUCAUGGCUCCCCCGCGGCCCCCUCGCCGCCUCCCCGCGGCUCCCGGGCCGGGUCCGUCGUGGUGGUGGCUCCGGGGCCACCAGUGACCACGGCCACUUCGGCCCCGGUCACCCUGGUGGCCCCCGGGGAGGCGCAGCCCGCAUGGAUACCGGGUCCGACCCAGACCUCGGACUCGGCCCCGGCCCCCACCCCGACGGUCACAGGCAUCACGGAGGUGGGGCAGACCCUGGAGGCCUCACCCGAAGCCCCAAGGGCUCAAGUCUCCGACUCAGAGCCCUUGGUGCCCGAGACUGUGGCUGGAGCCGAGAUGUCCAUGGCUCUGGCCCCAACGGCCGACUCUUCGAAGACGGAGGAGGCCAGAACCUCACCCGAUCCUGGACCAGGUACCCCCACCGGGACCCCCACCAGGACCCCUUCAAGAACGGCUCCUGGGGCCCUGACCGCCAAACCCCCACUUGCCCCCAAGCCGGGAGCCACAGUGGCCUCAGGAGUGACUGCACGGGUUGCAGCAGUGACAGCAGGACGGGUGACAAGUGGACAUGGAGCUGCGGCAUCCACAUCAGCAUCAGCAGGACAGGCUCCAGAGGACCCCUCAGGGCCUGCCACAGGCCCUCCAGGGACAUGUGAGGCUCUGGUAGCCGUUGUGACGGUGACCCCAGCUCCGGAGCCUGCUGAGAACUCUCAGGACCUAGGCUCCACGUCCAGCCUGGGACCUGGCAUCUCUGGGCCUCGAGGGCAGGCCCCAGACACUCUGAGCUACUUGGACUCCGUGAGCCUCAUGUCUGGGACCUUAGAGUCCUUGGCGGAUGAUGUGAGCUCCAUGGGCUCAGACUCGGAGAUAAAUGGGCUGGCCCUGCGCAAGACGGACAAGUACGGCUUCCUUGGGGGCAGCCAGUAUUCGGGCAGCCUAGAGAGCUCCAUUCCUGUGGAUGUGGCUCGGCAGCGGGAGCUCAAAUGGCUGGAGAUGUUCAGUCACUGGGAUAAAUGGCUGUCACGGCGUUUCCAGAAGGUGAAGCUGCGCUGCCGGAAGGGGAUCCCCUCCUCCCUCAGAGCCAAGGCCUGGCAGUACCUGUCCAAUAGCAAGGAACUCCUGGAGCAGAACCCGGGCAAGUUUGAGGAGCUGGAACGGGCUCCUGGAGACCCUAAAUGGCUGGAUGUGAUUGAGAAGGACCUGCACCGCCAGUUCCCUUUCCACGAGAUGUUUGCUGCUCGAGGCGGGCAUGGGCAGCAGGACCUGUAUCGAAUCCUGAAGGCCUACACCAUCUACCGGCCUGACGAGGGCUACUGCCAGGCCCAGGCCCCCGUGGCUGCCGUGCUGCUCAUGCACAUGCCUGCUGAGCAAGCCUUUUGGUGCCUGGUGCAGAUCUGCGACAAGUACCUCCCUGGUUACUAUAGCGCAGGGCUGGAGGCCAUUCAGCUGGACGGAGAGAUCUUUUUUGCGCUGUUGCGCCGGGCCUCCCCACUGGCCCAUCGGCACCUGCGACGGCAGCGCAUUGACCCCGUGCUCUACAUGACAGAAUGGUUCAUGUGCAUCUUCGCCCGCACCCUUCCCUGGGCUUCAGUGCUACGAGUCUGGGAUAUGUUCUUCUGUGAAGGCGUCAAGAUCAUCUUCCGGGUGGCCCUGGUGCUGCUGCGGUACACGCUGGGCUCGGUGGAGAAGCUGCGCUCCUGCCAAGGCAUGUAUGAGACCAUGGAGCAGCUGCGCAACCUGCCCCCACAGUGCAUGCAGGAGGACUUCCUGGUGCACGAGGUGACCAGCCUCCCAGUGACAGAAGCACUGAUUGAGCGAGAGAACGCAGCUCAGCUCAAGAAGUGGCGGGAAACCCGGGGCGAGCUGCAGUAUCGGCCCUCACGGAGACUGCACGGUUCCCGGGCGAUCCACGAGGAACGUCGGCGGCAGCAGCCACCCCUCGGCCCCUCCUCCAGCCUCCUCAGCCUCCCUGGCCUCAAGAGCCGAGGCUCCCGGGCAGCUGGAGGGGCCCCCUCUCCACCCCCUCCUGUCCGCAGGGCCAGUGCUGGGCCUGCCCCAGGGCCUCUGGUCACUGCUGAGGGACUGCGUCCAUCCCUCCCUUCGCCUACUGGCAACAGCACCCCACUGGCUCCCAGCAAGGAGGCCCGGAGGCAGGAGAAGGAGCGGCAAAAACAGGAAAAGGAACGUGAGAAGGAGCGGCAGAAGCAGGAGAAGGAGCGGGAGAAGCAGGAGAAGGAGCGGCAGAAGCAGGAGAAGGAGCGGCAGAAGCAGGAGAAGGAGCGGGAGAAGCAGGAGAAGGAGCGGGAGAAGCAGGAGAAGAAGGCCCAGGGCAGGAAGCUCUCGCUGCGUCGAAAGGCAGACGGGCCCCCUGCCCCCCAGGAUGGUGGGGACAGGUCCUCCGCAGCAGAGGCCCGGCAGGAUGCUUACUUCUGACCUCUGCCCUGGGGCUGGACUGUAUGGCCCCUUCUUUUUCCCUCAGCCAGGAGCAGGCCUGGCCCAGGGGGUUGCUCCCAGCCCCCCCGGCAGGCUGCCCCUCUUUUCUGAGGAAAGUGGCUUGAUUCCCCGUCUCCUUGCAGCUGCUGAUCUCUACACGACCAGGACAGUCAGAGUGCGUGGGGCAGCUGCAUUUCCCUGGGGUGGCAGUGAACAAGUCUGGAGCCCCUCCCCUCCAGCUAGGCCCAGCUGGGGUCUCUGUCACGCCUGCCCCAGUUCCCUCUGGGAUCCCUUCCCAGGUGCUGUCCUGAUUGGCCUUUUGUCACCACAGGGGUGACUUUUGGCGAUGGGAGUCAGCGGUUUUCUGAUUCUUACACUCCAGUCACUCCUUACCCUUGAAGUGGAGCUGGGUUCCUUUUCCCUUCUUCAGUCCUGUCUUUCCCCCACUUCCUGGCUGGGGGCCCAGGCUCUUCUCCCUCUCCCUCUGGACAUCUCUGUGUUGUAAUUAUGUACAGAGGACCUGGUUGGCCCAGGGUGGGGGUGUUCACUCUAUCUUCUGUCCUUUGGUUCUCCCUCCACAAUGUUCUUGCACUCUGGUUUAUUUAAGGGGACAUGCACUGGAACAGGAGAUGUCCCCCACUUCCCCACCACCACCCUCUUUGCUCUCCUUCCUCUUCACCUACCCUUCUCUGUAUUCUCAGGCCUCCCCUGCUUUGUCUUACCAGGGCUCCCACCUUUCACCUUGUUCCCUUCCAACCCUCCAGCCCCUACCUGGGUAAGGGGUCUUCCCUUGAGCUCCAGGGGAUGGAACCCAAUGUUUACAUUUUCUUCUGUCUCUGCUCCCACCCUGUGCAGCGCUUUGAGGAACAGGAAAAGAACCUGCUGUUGUACCUGG